AAGACAUCUAAAAGAAAAGUGCAACUACUCCGUAAUGAGCUUGAAGCUUAUCCUAUCUCUAUCAAUUGCCGGCCUGGUCUGGUCUGCUGCUCAGAUUCCUGGGCCAGAGGAACGGAUCGUUGGAGGCUACUACAUCCCCAUCGAAUAUGUGCCGUGGCAAGUGUCGGUGCUAAAUGAAACAAUACAUAACUGCGGUGGAGCCAUCUACAGUGAUCGGGCUAUCUUAACUGCCGCUCAUUGCGUUGCAAAUGGAUCUAUCAUUGCGAAGGAUCUAUCAGUUCGCGCUGGAUCCUCGCAUUGGAGCAAAGGUGGUCAGGUGCAGACAGUGCUAAAGGCCAUUCCACAUCCAAAAUACCUGUAUUCUAAAGGUUUCUAUGAUGUUGCUGUGCUGAUUUUGGAGGCCCCUCUCCAACUUGGUAGUGCAGUGCAGAAAAUUUCUCUAGCUGAAGAAACUCCCACGGAUGGAACUGUUGCUUUGGCCUCCGGAUGGGGAUAUACUCAAUACAACUCUGGAUUCCAAUGGCCAAUACUGCAUGGCGUUCACGUAACCAUUAUUAAUAGAACGGAAUGCGAGGAAACUUAUAGAGACUUACCAGGCACUUAUGAAGUGACUAACGACAUGAUCUGUGCCGACGGACAUGGAGGUGAUGCUUGUGCCGAUGAUUCCGGUGGCCCCUUGGUUGAUAUGAGGAUUAGAAAGCUUGUUGGCAUAGUUAGCUGGGGAAAGGAUUGUGGUAAAUAUCCGGGGGUCUAUGCAGAUGUUGCUUUCUUCCGCAACUGGAUCAAACGUACAGUUCAAGAAAAUAUUUAGAAAACCAAAUAAAUACCUUUAG